GACCCCGGCCUGGCGACUGGGCGUUACGGCUCGCGCGGGCCGCCCCGUAGCCUCGACGCCCAUGUGUGUCGUCUGCUUCGUGAAGGCGCUGGUGCACGUGUUCAAGAUCUACCUGACCGCCCACUACACCUACAACUUCCGCAGCUGGCCCGUGGACUUCCGCUGGGAUGACGUGCGCGCCGCCGGUGUGGGAGGCAGCGGUCACCGCGCGCUGACGUGCGCCGCGGCGGCGGCCGGCGUGUGGCUGCUGCGGGGUGCGGCUCUGGGCGGGGACGCGCCAGGGCGACCGCUGCGCGGGGCGCGCAGUCAGGCGCAGUGCCUCCUGCAGCAGAUCCGCGAGCUGCCGGGCCAGCUCGCCAGCUACGCGCUGGCCCACUCGCUGGGCCGCUGGCUCGUGUACCCGGGCUCCAUGUUCCUGAUGACUCGCGCGCUGCUGCCGCUGCUGCAGCAGGGCCAAGAGCGCCUCGUGGAGCGCUACAGUGGCCGGCGCGCCAAGCUGGUGGCCUGUGACGGCAAUGAGAUCGACACCAUGUUCAUGGAUCGCCGCCAGCACCCGGGCAGCCAAGGCCGCGGCCUGCGCCUCGUUAUCUGCUGCGAAGGCAAUGCCGGCUUCUACGAGAUGGGCUGCCUGUCCGCGCCCCUGGAAGCUGGCUACUCGGUGCUGGGCUGGAACCACCCGGGCUUCGGAGGCAGCACGGGCGCGCCGUUCCCGCAGCAUGACGCCAACGCGGUGGACGUGGUGGUCAAGUACGCGCUGCACCGCCUUCACUUCCCGCCCGCACACGUCGUGGUCUAUGGCUGGUCCAUCGGGGGCUUCACGGCCACCUGGGCCACCAUGACAUACCCGGAGCUCGGUGCGCUGGUGCUUGACGCCACCUUCGACGACCUCGUGCCGCUGGCCCUGAAGGUCAUGCCCCACAGCUGGAAGGGCCUCGUGGUGCGCACCGUGCGGGAGCACUUCAACCUCAACGUGGCGGAGCAGCUGUGCCGCUACCCGGGGCCCGUGCUGCUGCUGCGGCGCACGCAGGACGACGUGGUCAGCACCUCGGGCCACCUGCGCCCCCUGCCGUCCGGCGACGUGGAGGGCAACCGCGGCAACGAGCUGCUCCUGCGUCUGCUGCAGCACCGCUACCCGGUCGUGAUGGCGCGGGAGGGCCUCGCGGUCGUGACGCGCUGGCUCCGCGCCGGCAGCCGGGCGCAGGAGGCCGCCUUCUAUGCGCGCUACCGCGUGGACGACGAGUGGUGCCUGGCCCUGCUGCGCUCCUACCACGCGCGCUGCGAGGACGAGCGGGAGGACGAGCAGGCCUGGGGGCCGCACGGGCUCUCUUUCCCCUGGCUGGUGGGCCGGGGCCUGAGCCCGCGGCGGCGCCGGCAGCUCGCGCUGUUCCUGGCUCGCAAACACCUCAGGAAUGUGGAGGCGACUCACUGCAGUCCGCUGGAGCCCGAGGACUUCCAGCUGCCCUGGAGGUUGUAGCCCUCGCCCUGCAGCUGCUGGCAAGCGCCUCGGUGCCUUUGCGCCCCUCCAGGG